UAGAUAGCGGAAAUAAUUCUCUUCCGACGAUUCUUGUUCGAGCGAUUCAGCAAAACGAUCUCGACUCAUAUUGCGAUAUGAAUUGCAAUCAGCAUUACAUAAUUUUGAUCUCUCAUAAGCGUUGAAGGAUCAAGUAUCGCCGUCCGAUAGAGAUUUCAAGCCCUCAGCGAGCUCGGUUAUAAAUACAGGCUUUGCGCACUUGACUUAUAAAUGCCCAGUCAGCGAAUUAAUACACUUAUCCGUCAAUUUAAAUUGUCCAAAUAAUCUCCGGUACGAUCUUCAAGUACAGAGAAGCGGGCCCCCGUGUCUUAUAAUACACGUCAAUUAAACGUACUUGGUCCGGUUAAUCCGCUACCGCGAUUACACGAUAAUCCCACCCAAUACUCACCGACGAUGAGACUAAUUAAUUGCAAGCUCCGCGCUUAUCGUUCCUCGCUAAGUACGCGGUGAUCGAAACCUCGAUAAAUCGAAGGGGAUGAAACGUUUCUAUUUUUUUCUUUCAUCCACGCUCCAUCUCAUAUUAUUUUUCAUUAUAAUCGUCAAUUCAUCGUCGUACAGAAUUGGGCAUUUAUAUAUAGUCAGGACUUGCGUCAUCUCUAAGGGAGUACAUAUUUCAAGCAGCUGGGAUUGCCCGUGAUAUUAAGUUACAUUAAAUGUAAUUGGUUAGUCCGAGGGGCCGAAGGCAUAUGCCUUCAUGCCUCGUUCAUCGACCGGAAAUACAAGGCGAUAGGGGAAAGGUUAUAUAUCCACUGGAUGGCGCUUUGAUUUCAGCAACGAUCCCAUGGGACUUGAGCUUCAGGACGCGUUCUUCGCUCACGGAUCCGACGACUGGAGCUACUGGGGUGAAAACGGUCCCGAACACUGGCCCGGAAUUUGCAACACCGGUGAAAAUCAAUCACCGAUCGAUAUAAUCACCGACGAUGCCGUGAAAACGGAUCUUGGCUCUCUCAAGUUUACGAGAUACGAUUUCGCCUUCAGCGCCGACGUUGUUAACACCGGCCACUCGAUUCAAGUCGGUUUGACGGGGGUACCGAUUCACCUGAAAGGCGGAAGUCUACCAACGACUUACGUUCUCGAUCAGAUGCACUUCCACUGGGGCUCGGAGCACACGAUAAACGGCGAACAAGAAGCGCUCGAGCUGCAUCUCGUCCACUAUUCGAAGGAUUACGACAACGUGACGUACGCCUCCGAGUUUGAGAACGGAUUAGCGGUGGUGGCAGUAUUGUUCGAGGUGAGCAACGAGGAUAACCUCUAUCUCGAACAAAUUCUGGAAGCUGUGAAAACCGUGUCGUCUCUAAACUCGACGGCAACGACGAAAUUGCAGACUAAGCUGAUACCCUCCCUUCUGUUGCCGAAAGAUCACAGCUCGUAUUACAGGUAUUACGGUUCGCUGACCACCCCGGAAUGCCAAGAGGCAGCUAUAUGGACCGUGCUGGACAACAAGAUGCCAAUUUCCGUGUCUCAGAUCGAGAUUUUUCGCAAGGUGGUUAAUUCCAACAACGAAACUCUCGCCUAUAACAACAGACCGACGCAGGAUCUUGGAUCAAGAACCGUUUAUCAUCAUUUGGAGGGAUAUUCGUCGGCGCAUAAUCUUCAGAUUCCGAAAACGUUCCUCGUUAUCGUUGGAUUUUUCUCGGUGCUGAUGCAGGGCGCGAGGUCCCCUUGAAAUCGCGAAAGCUACGGCAUCGUGUCGAGAUGACCGGGUGCAAAAAUAUAUUCCUCGUUAUUUGGACUCGCCUUAUGCAGCCGCGGCGUAAUUUGUAUGCUUGGCAUAUAAAUUUUUUUGCAAAUUCACUAGGCUUAAGGAAAUUUCCGAAAUGUGAUAAUCGUUCGCUUCGCGAUGACGAUAACGAAAAAACAAACA